CUGAUAGCAUUAGAAUGUGUUACUGUUAUGGCAGUUUUUGGCAUAAAAGAAGAAGAGCGUGUAUGUAUCGUAAUUGAGGAACGUUAAUACGUGUGUCUGCGUUUAUUGCAAAAACCUUACUUAGCUUUAGCUUAGUUGUUUAACCAUGUCUGUCUGUGAUUCACUGCUUUGGUCUAUAUUUGAUGUCGGCUUGUUCAGUUCACACACACAGAAAUAAAGCUGUCUUGCUUUUCUUUGCCCUCUGCUUUCUCUUUCUCUCUCUUUCUUUCUACUUUGAUCUCUGCUGCAUCAUCUGUUGUGCCACCUCAAUCCCCAGAAACAACAGUGCAUACCCAUUUCAUGCUUUUCUAUUUUGGUCACUUCUUCUCUAUGUUCUUUUGUCCACCCUCAUGAAUAUGUUGCCUGCAAGGUUUUCGCUUCUUGGAAAUCAUCACCUUCACUGCUUUUCCAUCCUCUCCUGAUGCGGCUUGUGGUUUUCACAUGUGUGUCUGGAAUCCUCGGAUGUUAAGCUGUUGAAUUUGGAGUUUGCAAUUAGUUGCAUUUGAGGGAAAGGGGUCAGCUUUUUUGUUGAUCCUUGUGUUCGUUUCUGGGGCAGUGCUGGAUGAAUUGAAGUUAUGAAAAAGCUGUGGAACAAGGGCAAAUCUUGGUGCUAGAAAAGGCCAUGUUGUGAAUUUCUUUUGGGUGAUUUUUUCAUUGGUCGUAAUGAAGGCUCCAUCCAAUAGUUUCUUGCCUAAUUCUGGCGAAGGGGAAAGGAAGAUGAUAAAUUCAGAGUUAUGGCAUGCUUGUGCUGGACCUUUGGUGUCUCUACCUCCUGUUGGAAGUCUUGUGGUGUACUUCCCCCAAGGACACAGCGAACAAGUUGCAGCUUCCAUGCAAAAGGAGACCGAUUUCAUUCCCAGUUACCCUAACCUUCCCUCCAAGUUGAUUUGCAUGCUUCACAAUGUUGCGUUGCAUGCUGAUCCUGAAACUGAUGAGGUCUAUGCACAGAUGACUCUUCAACCUGUAAACAAAUAUGAGAAAGAAGCAAUUCUGGCAUCAGACAUGGGUCUGAAACAAAACCGUCAACCUACUGAGUUCUUCUGCAAAACACUUACAGCUAGUGACACCAGCACUCAUGGUGGAUUUUCUGUGCCACGUAGAGCAGCUGAGAAAAUAUUCCCGACUCUGGACUAUUCAAUGCAACCUCCUGCUCAGGAGCUUGUAGCCAAGGAUUUGCAUGAUAAUACAUGGCCAUUUAGACAUAUUUAUAGGGGACAACCAAAGAGGCAUCUCUUAACUACAGGUUGGAGUGUAUUUGUAAGCACAAAAAGACUGCUUGCAGGAGAUUCUGUUCUUUUUAUCAGAGAUGAAAAGAAGCAUCUUCUUUUAGGUAUAAGGCGUGCUAACAGACAGCAACCAGCACUGUCUUCAUCAGUAAUAUCCAGUGACAGCAUGCAUAUUGGCAUCCUUGCUGCUGCUGCUCAUGCUGCUGCAAACAACAGCCCUUUCACUAUAUUUUACAAUCCAAGGGCAAGCCCCUCUGAAUUUGUUGUUCCACUGGCCAAGUACAACAAAGCCAUGUACACUCAAGUUUCUCUUGGAAUGAGAUUUAGAAUGAUGUUUGAAACUGAGGAAUCUGGAGUACGCAGAUAUAUGGGGACAAUAACUGGGAUCACUGACUUGGAUCCUGUCCGAUGGAAAAACUCACAAUGGCGCAAUAUUCAGGUUGGAUGGGAUGAAUCAACAGCUGGUGAGCGCCCCAGCAGAGUUUCAAUCUGGGAAAUAGAACCAGUAGUUACUCCUUUCUAUAUUUGUCCACCUCCAUUUUUUAGGCCCAAGUUCCCCAGGCAACCAGGAAUGCCAGAUGAGGAGUCAGAUAUGGAGAAUGCUUUCAAGAGAGGUAUGCCCUGGCUUGGAGAUGAGUUUGGCAUGAAGGAUGCAUCAAGUUCAAUCUUUCCUGGUUUUAGUUUAGUUCAGUGGAUGAGCAUGCAACCCAAUAAUCAGCUUUCAGCGGCUCAAUCAGGAUGUUACCCAUCCAUGCUUCCAUCUAAUACCCUUCAGGGUAACCUUCCCACCGAAGACCCAUCCAAGUUAUUGAACUUUCAAGCUCCUGUUCUCUCUUCCCCAACUCUUCAAUUAAACAAACCCAAUCUACCAAAUCAAAUCAACCAGUUGCAACAGCCCCCAGUGUCAUGGCCUCAGCAGCAACAGUUGCAGCAACAGCAGCAACAACAACAACAGCUGCAGCAGCAGCAGCAACAACAGCAGCUACAGCAACAACAACAGCUGCAGCAACAACAGCAGCAGCAACUACAGUCAUUAUUGCAAAUACCAAUGAACCAUCUCCAGCAGCAGAGGCAACAGCAGCUGCCUGAGCCACAGAACCUGCCAUUGCUGCAGCAAAUGCCUCAACAGCUAGGACAGCAGCCCCAGAAACAGCAACAGCAGAGUCAACAUGCUAGUCUUAUGAAUAAUGGGGUAGUUUCUUCUAACCAGAUUACAAGUCAGUUUGUACAACCACCAAUGGCAUAUGGUCAGCUUCAGCAGCAACAAUUACUCUCAGGAGGUAUCCAAACCCAGCAAGGUAUUCAGUCAGCUAGUAAGAAUACAUUCCCAUUGACAUCCUUACCGCAUGAUUCACAAUUUCAACAACAGAUAGACCAACAAGCUAACCUCUUACUGAGGCAACAACAACAACAACAACAGCAGACACAGUUGCAACAAUCUCCACUGCAGUUGUUGCAACAAAACCUGCCACAGAUAGCACCACAACAACAACCGCCUGCCACUCAAAUGUUACAGCAAAAUCCCUCAGAGCAACAACUCCACCUACAGUUUCUACAGAAAUUGCAGCACCAACAGCAACAGCAACUUCUUUCUACGUCCACCCCACUAUUGCAGCCUCAGCUUCUACCACAACAAAAUACUCACCAACAAAACCAGCAAUUACCACAGCCCCCACCACCUAUAUCACAUCACCAGCCUCAACAGCUUGUCAAUAAUGCAUGUUCAACAGAGAAGCUUCUCAGCAGCAACAACUUCUCUUCUUCAUCUCUUAUGCAAUCACAACAGAAUCCUAUGAGCCAAUCCCAGAAUACACAGAAAUCACUUACCACCACCAGAGCUCCCUCUACACUAACAGAUGGAGAUGCCCCAUCAUGCUCAACUUCUCCAUCUACUAAUAAUUGCCAGGUGUCUCCUCCAAACCUCCUGAAAAGAAAUCAGCAACUACCAGCCCCAUUAGGAGGGAGUUUGAUGGUAGAGCCCACUAGUAAUCUGUUACAGGAUCUUCACAGCAAGCCUGACGUGCAAAGCAAACAUGAGUUGCUCAAUCUAAAAGGACCUGACCAGUUGAAGUAUAAAGGGGCAAUCACCGAUCAGAUGGAAGCUUCUUCUUCUGGAACAUCUUACUGCCUUGAUCCUGGAAAUGUCCAACAGAACUUGCCACUUUCGAACUUCUGCAUGGAAGGGGAUGCCCAAUCACACCCAAGAAACAGUUUACCAUUUGACACUAAUCUGGAUGAUCUAACCCCUGAUACUAUGCUUUUAAGGGGAUAUGACUCUUCAAAAGAUCUUCAAAAUUUGUUGUCUAACUAUGUUGGUGCUCCUAGAGACAUUGAAACAGAGCUGUCAACUGCUGACCUCAGUUCCCAGUCGUUUGGAGUGCCAAACAUACCUUUCAAGCCUAGUUGCUCAAGUGAUGUUGUCAUCAACGAAACUGGUGUUCUGAAUAAUAGUGGCUUGCGGGGCAACCAACCUCCACGAAUGCGGACAUAUACUAAGGUUCAAAAGCGUGGCUCUGUUGGAAGAUGCAUUGAUGUUACCCGUUACAGGGGAUAUGAUGAACUUCGGUAUGAUUUGGCUAAAAUGUUUGGGAUUGAAGGGCAGCUAGAUCAUCAAAGGACUGACUGGAAAUUAGUAUAUGUGGAUCAUGAAAAUGACAUCCUUCUUGUUGGUGAUGACCCUUGGGAUGAAUUCGUAAGCUGUGUGCAGAGCAUAAAGAUAUUGUCACAUUCAGAAGUGCAGCAAAUGAGCUUGGAUGGGGAUUUAGGUGGUAAUGUUCCCAUCCCCAAUCAAGCUUGCAGUGGGACAGACAGUGGCAAUGCAUGGAGGGGACAAUAUGAAGAUAACUCAGCUGCCUCUUUUAAUAGGUAAGGAUGCUAAAUUCUGACACUCAGAGGUUUGGUGGAGAACCAAUAAAACAUGAAACUUUGGUUGGUUUGGUGCUUUCUCAAAUGGAAAGUAGACAUUCAUUCCUUAAAUGUAGCACCAGCAGAUUCCCUCUCUAUUGAUGCCAUGGAUCCUAUACCUUUCGAGUCGGCUUUUCUUGCGGAAGUCGGAUUAGAAUUUUGUUUUUUUUUCUUUUCAAUUUUUGCCAGGUACAGCAGAAUAGCCAGCUAGUGUAUAAUUAGUGUAAACAUUAGUUUUUACUUGUCUCUUGUAAAUCUUGUUAUGGUUAAAGUUUUAUACGGAAGUUUGAUGUCUAUCUAAGUGAUGGCUCAGCAGAUAAUUGUGAAUGCGUGCCAAUUCUAGGUGUUACGCUGGCCAUUAUGGAUGAAGAAAAGUUCAGUCUCAUUUUGAACUCUUCAA